AUGGAAAAUAAAGGUUCUGCUACUGAAACUCACUACAGACACACUUCAAGAUCAAGAAGUAACUACUUGUUUAGCCUUUAUUUGAAGCUUGACAGUACUGUAUAUCCUCGACUCUUUUCCACAUCCAUAAUGCUAGCCGCUACAACUCGCAAUACCCUCAGACAAUCACUAAGAAUCCAAUGCGGAACAGCUGUAAGAUCCUACACGGAUGGCUCCACCGGGUCUCCAAGAGGUGAAAGCGCUGACGAUGCUUUCUCUAAGAGAGAGCGUGCCCAAGAGGACUACUACGUUAGAAAGCACGAAAAGGAACUGCUAGCACAACUAAAACAAAAAGUUACAGAGCAGCAGAAGAAAAUUGACAACUUGGAGGGAAAAUUGAAUGGGAAAAAGUAA